GACGGGUCACAGAACCUCUGGGCGCGGGGGAUGACGUCACAUCGGCGACGGGGCUUCGGUUGAAAACUGGCCGUCCCUGCUGACUUGAAGACCGCGUUGCUGGGACGGCGCUACGAUGACCAUUUGCCAGUUUUUCCUUCAAGGCCGGUGCCGCUUCGGAGACCGCUGCUGGAACGAGCACCCUGGCACCCGGGGCGCGGGCGUGGCCCGGCAGCCGCCACCACAGCAGCAGCCGCCGCCGCCCUCAGGAAGCAACAGGCGCGGGUGGAAUGCCACCAGCCAGAGGUACUCCAGCCUCAUCCAGCCAUCCAGCUUCUCCAAGUCUACACCAUGGGGUGGCAGCAGAGAUCAAGACAAACCAGUAUUCGGCUCCUUUGACUCUGGCGCUUCCACCAGCCGAGGCUUUGGGUCAUCUCAAAACCCUUUUGCGUCACCUGUCUCUGAUGAGCAGAAGGAUGAAAAGAAACUUCUGGAAGGAAUUGUUAAAGAUGUAGAGAUUUGGGAAUCAUCAGGGCAGUGGAUGUUUUCUGUUUACUCACCAGUGAAAAAGAAACCUAACAUCUCAGGUUUCACAGACAUUUCACCAGAAGAGUUGAGGCUUGAAUACCAUAACUUCUUAACCAGCAAUAACUUACAGAGCUAUCUAAAUUCUGUUCAACAGCUAGUAAGUCAAUGGAGGAAUAGGAUAAAUGAACUGAAAAAUCUAAAUAUGUCAACCAAAGGAACUCUGCUCUCUGAUGUAAAGGAUGGAGCCACUCAAGCAGCGCCUGCAUUUGGAUUUGGAAGCAAGCAAGCAGGGACAUUUGCGUCAUCAGGUUUCCCAGUGGAUAACAGUAGCAGCAAUAGUGUUCAGAACUUUAGUUUUAAAACAAGCUCUGGAUUUGCCACUGCCCCUUCUGGAAGCGCGCCCGUGUUUGGAAAUCACCCAGCCUUUGGGACCGGGCCCUCUGCUGGUUCUGCCAUCACUUCCUCUGCUCCAGCCUUUGGAUUUGGGAAACCUGAAGCCACGUCUGCUGCUUCGUUUUCGUUCAAGAGCCCUGACACUUCUAGUUUUGGAUCACCUGGGUUUUCAGGGUUUCCAUCUUCCUUGGCAGUGAGUCCUUUCGGCCCUGCAAUGGCCCCUGCCUUCGGAAGUGGCGGAUCUGUGGCUGGUUUUGGUAGUCCUGGCUCACAGUCUCAGACUGUAUUUGCCAAACCUUCUAAUGACACGUUUGGAGGUAGCAGCCUAUCAUCCUCCCUCCCGGUCUCUGCCACAAACAAUGUACUGUUCACCCCCAGGGAUCAGCUGACAAAAGAGGAGCUGGAACAGUUUCAGUCCCAGAGAUUUACUCUGGGGAAAAUCCCACUGAAGCCACCACCCGUGGAGCUUCUGACUAUAUAAAGGGCGGUGUCCAAUCCGGAACGACUUACCCAGGCAUGUGGCGUAUGCCAGUAGUUUGGGAGGUUGAGAGAAGGGAUGCCGUUGAGAGAAGGGCCAGCUUGGACUGCACAGAGUAUGGAUCAGCCAGGUCUGUGUGAGACCCUCAAAGAAAAGAUCUAAAUGGUUUUUCAAGGAAUGUUUUCGCAGUGCUUGGGAUUACUGGACCCUCACACAUGCAGGCAGGUUCUACCUAAGCCACACUCCAUCCCGAAAUACGGCUUUCAAGAUUGUCUUGAAUGAUAUAAUAAUACAACCCUCCCUGACCUGCCUUUCCCAAGCA